AUGGUUUCAACUGUUGCCAAUGGAGAGGCUGAUGUAGCUGAGCAACCCCCCACCGGAAAACUCAAGAGCCAUACUGCACUCCACAUCUCAACCUCCCAACGAGGCCUAAUAACCGAUGAAAACUCCCAAAACCCACACAACAACGGCUUUACCGCCAUGUCCAAGAAGAAGAUGAAAUUCCUCAAAUUCGGCAACUUAUCCUCCCCAUCCGGAAAGUUCCAACGCAUUGCGGAGGAAAAAGACGAGGUCUCGCGAGCCGUACCUUCCUCAACAAGCCUCCACAUCCGCGAGCGUUUUCACCGAAUGUUCUCCAAGAAAAUCGACUGGGGCUGCCUCUGGAAACUCUCCAAGGAAUGGAUUAGAAACCCCUUAAACUUAGCCCUCUUCCUGUGGAUCCUAUGCGUGGCCAUAUCUGGUGCCAUUCUAUUCAUGGUCAUGACAGGCAUGCUAAACCACGCCCUCCCGAGAAAAUCCCAACGGGACGCGUGGUUUGAAGUCAACAACCAAAUUCUAAACGCUUUAUUCACGCUCAUGUGCUUGUACCAGCACCCGAAGCGUAUAUACCACUUUACCCUUCUCAUGAGGUGGAGUCCUGAGGAUAUCCUGAAGCUGAGGAAAAUUUACUGCAAGAACGGGACCUACAAACCCCACGAGUGGGCCCACAUGAUGUUUGUCGUGAUUCUUUUGAACGUUAACUGUUUUGCUCAGUACGCGCUGUGCGGGCUUAAUUUGGGGUACAAAAGGUCCGUUAGGCCCCCAAUUGGUGUUGGGAUUUGUGUAUCGGUUGCUAUCGGUGCCCCUGCAGUUGCCGGGAUUUACUCCAUGCUGAGCCCGCUCGGGAAAGACUACGAUAACGAAAUCGAUGAGGAAGCUCAGAUUCAGUCUAGACGGAUUUCUCUCGAGAAAAGAUUCUCUUUUGCAUCGAGGGGUGAUGAAGUUGGGGCCGCCCUCGAGGCUCAGCCCCGGUGGAGUGGGGGCAUACUCGACUUUUGGGAUGACAUCUCUUUAGCUUAUCUCUCUCUGUUCUGUAGCUUCUGUGUGUUCGGGUGGAACAUGGAGAGGCUCGGGUUCGGUAACAUGUAUGUCCACAUAGCUACUUUUUUGCUCUUCUGUUUGGCCCCGUUUUGGAUUUUCAAUCUUGCGGCCGUGAAUAUCGAUAACGAGACUGUUCGGGAGGCUCUGGGGAUAACGGGCAUUUUCCUGUGCGUUUUCGGGUUGUUGUACGGCGGGUUCUGGAGGAUUCGGAUGAGGAAAAGGUUUAACCUUCCGGAGUACAAGUUUUGCUGCGGUAAACCGGCUGUGACCGAUUUCGCCCUGUGGCUUUUCUGCUGUUGGUGCUCGUUGGCACAAGAGGUUAGGACAGGUAACGAGUAUGAUGUGGUGGAAGAUAAGUUUUACCGUAAGAGGGAAAACGACGAGCGGGUGUCAAUUUCCCCCUUGCCUCGUGAGGAUGGGGAGUUCCAGUCGAGGUCGGGUCCGGGUUCUCCUCUCGGGAGAAGCCCGGCCCGAUUUCCUGACGAGGCAAUGGUACCUCCCGGCACGUCGGUAAUCAGUAGGGACGAGCUGUAG